GAGAUAGAUUCAUGUCCCGAAUCCCAUCUCCGAUAUAACUUUUCAUUUUUGUUCGUUUCAGAUGAGUUUUUAAUCUUAUCUCAGAUAAAAAAAUAUCAGUAUCUUGGGUCCCAAUAAUACUAGGUGUUGACUUAGACACUUUAUAAGUUGUGGGCUUUGACAACGAUGGUGAUGACACAUUUCUCACGUCUCCGACAACUUCUUCUACUCCAACCCAAAUCCCUCGUUUCUCAAUCUCGUAUCCUCCGUCCUCGUCAUCCAACAUUUCUCCGAUCAGUGAUGGGUUCUUCUUCAUCAUUCUCCUCCUCCUCCUCAUCCAAGCUUCUCUUCCGCCAACUCUUUGAGAAAGAAUCUUCCACCUUUACUUACCUUCUCGCCGACGUUUCUCAUCCUGACAAGCCGGCUUUGUUGAUUGAUCCGGUGGACAAGACUGUUGAUAGAGACUUGAAGCUGAUAGAUGAGUUAGGGUUAAAGCUUGUCUAUGCUAUGAACACUCAUGUUCAUGCGGAUCAUGUCACUGGAACUGGACUUCUUAAGACUAAGCUACCAGGUGUGAAAUCCGUCAUUUCAAAAGCAAGUGGUUCUAAAGCAGAUAUGUUUCUUGAACACGGUGACAAAGUAUCCAUCGGUGAUAUAUACCUCGAGGCUCGUGCUACACCUGGACAUACUGCAGGAUGUGUUGCAUAUGUGACUGGAGAAGAGGCUGAUCAGCCCCAGCCAAGAAUGGCUUUUACCGGGGAUGCUGUACUCAUCCGGGGUUGUGGGAGGACUGACUUUCAGGGAGGAAGCUCGGAUCAACUCUACGAGUCUGUACACUCUCAGAUAUUUACAUUGCCAAAAGACACAUUGAUCUACCCAGCUCACGACUACAAAGGUCUCUCGGUUAGUACAGUUGGAGAAGAGAUGCAACACAACCCACGUUUAACUAAAGAUAAAGAAACAUUCAAAUCCAUUAUGUCAAAUCUGAAUCUGGCCUAUCCAAAGAUGAUUGAUGUUGCAGUACCAGCAAAUAUGGUGUGUGGACUACAAGAUGUGCCUUCUCAAGUCAACUAAAACUCUACUCAAUUUGUUUAUCUCUUUAUCUACUCCUCCAUUCUAUAUUUACCAGAAGCCAAUAAAACUCUUCACGGUAGUUUUGUUCAUGAUUGUGUUUGUCCAAGAAGAUUUGCCUCUGUUUUAGAUAAGACUAUUAGAAGAUUUGUGUUAAUUAGAUUGAACAUAUGGAAUUUGCUAUGAAGAUAGAGACAGUAUUUGCGUGCUCAA